UUAGUCAUGCUUAAGUCGACUUUCACACCCUUAUUCUCAACCAUUCCCGCCAAACCGAGACUCCCAAAACCAUCACCUUCCACCAUUCUCCGAGCCUUCACACAAAGCCCACCACCUGUUCGACGAAAUGCCUCACUCGCCACUCGUCCACCUCCUACUUCCGCCUACGUCCACCUCCCCUUCUGCCGCAAACGCUGCCACUACUGUGACUUCACCAUCAUCGCCCUCGGCUCUUCUCCUCCUUCAAACCAAUCCCAAGAGGGCGACCCACGAAUGGUGAACUAUGUCCAACUCCUGUGCCGUGAAAUCAACGCCACAAAAGCACAACACGAGCCCCACCCGCCUCUCGAAACCGUCUUCUUCGGAGGCGGCACGCCGUCUCUUGUGCCCCCAAAGCUUGUUUCUUCCGUUUUGGAGACUCUGAGGUCGAGAUUCGGGCUGAGCUUGGAUGCUGAGGUAUCUAUGGAAAUGGACCCCGGGACUUUUGAUGGUGAGAAAAUGAAGGGGAUGAUGGAGUUGGGUGUGAAUAGAGUGUCGUUGGGAGUUCAGGCUUUUCAAGAUGAGUUGUUGAAGUCUUGUGGGAGAGCUCAUGGUAUUAAGGAGGUUUAUGAGGCUAUUGAGGUUGUCGGGUCGUGUGGGGUUGAGAAUUGGAGUAUGGAUCUUAUCUCUUCUCUGCCUCACCAGACCCCGGAAAUGUGGGAAGAGAGCUUGAGGCUAACAAUCGAAGCUCGGCCUCCGCAUGUAUCAGUAUACGAUUUGCAAGUGGAACAAGGCACGAAAUUCGGGAGAUUGUAUACACCAGGGGAGUUCCCAUUGCCGUCUGAAACACGGUCUGCUGAGUUCUAUAGAAUGGCGUCUCGGAUGCUUUCUGAUGCUGGCUAUGAGCACUAUGAAAUUAGCAGCUAUGGCAAGAGCGGGUUUCAGUGCAAGCAUAAUCAAACUUACUGGAAGAACAAGCCUUUCUAUGGCUUUGGCCUCGGCGCUGCUAGCCAUGUUGGCGGUGUGAGGUUUUCGAGACCCAAAAUGAUGAAAGAGUACAGUGGUUAUGUGGAGAAAUUGGAAAAUGGGUUGGUGGAAUGUGGUGGGAGUGAACAUAUUGAUGCUAAGGAUGUGGCCAUGGAUGUUGUUAUGCUCUCUCUAAGAACUUCAAGAGGUCUGGAUUUGAAGAGUUUUGGAGAGGCAUAUGGUAGCUCCCUUGUUGUUUCUCUUUGCGAGGUUUAUAAACCUUAUGUUGAAAGUGGGCAUGUGGUUUUCUUGGGUGAGCAGAGAAGGGCCAUGAAUGUGGAAGAACUGAACACCUUCACACAAGACAAAGAAGAGAUCGAGAGAAGUAUUGCCUACAUUCGUCUAAGUGAUCCAGAUGGUUUCCUUUUAUCGAAUGAAUUGAUAUCCCUUGCAUUUGCAGUUGUAUCUCCAUAAUCCAAGUGAGUGCUUGUACCUGUAGCAUCUGGUGGAAGACUGGGAAAGUAGUCCCAACUCCUGAAGACUAUCCUUAUUCUGAACUCUGAAGGAUUUCCUAUAAUGGCAUAACAUCAAAAGACAAUUCAACACCCAGCUAUUUCGGACCGCAGUAAAUGAAAAUGGUAUAGCAGAUAUAGGAUCUUCGAGUUUGGGUCUGAUAAGUGAACAUCCAUACACAUUUAAUCAAACAUGAUUAGCUUAAGAUCAACUGAACCACGAGUUGUU